AUGAAUGAAGAGUUGGCUAAGAGUUUUUGGAGCUCUUCGGAGGUGGAAUAUUCUUUUUCUAAUUCCGUGGGAAGAUCGGGGGGGAUAAUUACUCUAUGGAAGAAAGACGAUAUGGAGGUGUUAAGUAGUUUUAGAGGAGAGGGAUUUUUGGGGAUCCAUGUUAGUUGGAAAGGAGACCGUUAUUACGUGAUUAAUGUGUAUUCUUCAUGUGAUAUGAACAAGAAGAAAGAGUUGUGGAAAGCCUUAUUGAACUUGAAGGACUCCUUCAAAGACGGUGAAUGGAUUAUAGGUGGUGACUUCAACGCGACGAAGAAAAGUAGUGAAAGGAAAGGGAAGGCUCUUUCGGCUAGUAAUAGAGACUCGGACCUUUUUUCGGAAUUUAUUGACAAAAGCGGAUUGGUGGACAUUCCUUGCAAGGGGAAGAAGUUUUCUUGGUAUAGUGGAGACAGAAAAUCGAUGAGUAGGUUAGAUAGAUUUCUUUUAUCUAACAAGGUGGUUGAAAGGUGGGGAGUGGUUGGUCAAUUGAUUGGGGAUAGAGAUAUUUCGGAUCAUUGUCCGAUAUGGUUAUGUAGAGACAAUUGCAAUUGGGGUCCUAAACCUUUUAGAUUCAACAAUGAGUGGUUUUCCUUUGAUGCUUUUAUUCCUUUUGUCGAAAAGGAAUGGUCUAGUUUGAAGGUGGAAGGAAGAGGUGACUUUGUCUUAAAAGAGAAAAUUAGGCUCUUAAAAGAUAAGCUUAGAAGGUGGGAUAAGGAAGUUUUUGGGAAGUUUGAUCUAGAUUUGGAAGAAGGCGUUCGUGUCUUGAACAAGGUCGAUGAAAGGUUGGUAUCUUUUUCUAAUUUCUCAUCUUCAUCUUUUGAAGAGAAUCUUUUUUUGAGAAAGGAAGCUUGUAGUAGUUUUUGGAGAAAUUUGAGGAUUAGGGAGAACAUGCUCCUUCAAAAGUCUAGAUUGUUAUGGCUUAAAGAGGGAGAUUCGAAUAGUGGUUUUUCCAUAAUGUCAUGA